UUCUUCUGUUAUUGCAUGAACGCAUCACGAGGCAGAGUUUUGUGCGUAGCUGUGCGUCUGACGUCAUCCCCCUUAGUAACCCUCGGCGGCGUCUCCAGGAGAGAAGGCAACAAGAUGGGAUUGCUGUCUAUUCUGCGUAAGCUAAAGAGCACACCAGACCAGGAGGUUAGGAUACUGCUGCUGGGUCUGGACAACGGAGGGAAGACCACCCUGCUCAAACAGCUGGCGUCCGAGGACAUCAGCCACAUCACCCCCACACAGGGAUUCAACAUUAAGAGCGUCCAGUCUCAGGGAUUUAAACUGAACGUUUGGGACAUUGGAGGCCAGAGGAAGAUUAGGCCAUACUGGAGAAACUACUUUGAAAACACUGAUGUGCUGAUUUAUGUGAUUGACAGCGCCGACAGAAAGAGGUUUGAGGAAACGGGGCAGGAGCUGGCCGAGCUGUUGGACGAGGAGAAGCUGAGCGGCGUUCCUGUGCUGAUCUUCGCAAACAAACAGGACCUGCUGACGGCCGCCCCGGCUUCCGAGAUCGCGGAGGGCCUCAAUCUGCACACCAUCCGGGAUCGCAUGUGGCAGAUCCAGUCCUGCUCUGCCCUCACCGGCGAGGGCAUUCAGGAGGGAAUGAACUGGGUCUGCAAGAGCGUCAACUCCAAGAAAAAAUAGCUUCGCUUCUAGUCUUCUACUACUCGGGAGGAGCAGUCGCAGCAGCAGCAAACACACACACACACGUACACUGACACACAUCGCACCCUCCUGAGCCUUAGUACGAUGGGAUAUAUUGUACCUGUGAAUGUACACACACUACUAAUCCAACGUGGACUUGGAGUUUUUAACCCCUUGCAUUCCCGUGUCGCUGAUGUCUACUAAACUCGGCACAUCUUCCCAUGUCGGCCCCCACGAAAGAGGAGGGGCGUUUGCCUUCAAAGGGAACCCACGCCAGGAAAAAUCGACCCCCUCUACACUCACUGUCCCAGCCAGUUGCAGCCACCGUCCACAGCCUGUCACAACCUCAAACAUUCCCAUUAAAACUUCUUUCACUGGAAUUCCAGCAUCCUCUUUAAUCUCUUUCACACGCUGUCCUGGAAACCAAACCUCCUCCUCCUCCUCCUCCACUACUCCUACCUCCCACCUCUUCCCCCUUCUCCUCCUCCAUUUUUUUUUUUUUUUAAUCAUUCCACGACGGCUGUAAGCGCUUUUCCUGCUAUGGCUCUGUUUGAAGUGAGGUAUAUUUUUGUAACUGACUUAUUUAUGGUGAAGUAGAGCGUAGAGUGCUUUCAAACAACAGCUCAUGUGUUGUGCGUGAUUUCAAGGAGAAUCGGUACCAGCUCUCCCCGCUAAAAGAUUAAUACUGUACAUGUUAAUAUGUAUAAAACAAAUAUGAAAUUGAAAGGUUAAAAGGAACCAC